GCGCGCACGCAGGCCUCGCCUCUCCGGGCCGCCUCCCUCACGCCGGCCGCAGGGCGGGCCGACGCGUACGCCGGGUGACGCUCGCUCGGAGGAGGAAGCGCAGCCCCUUCCCCUCCCUCGCCGCCCCGGGCCCAGCGGGAGCCCCCCAGUGCGCCUGUGCGGAGGCCUGCUUGAUUAUGUGUGCCCUCCUCGGGCGGCGGCGUUAGCGGCCGGGUGGAGGUGGGGAGGGAGGACGCCGCGGAGGAGGAGGAGGAGGAGGAGGAGGAGGAGGCGGUGGCGGGGAGGUGGGGGGAUUCAGCAAGGACAUGGCUCCUGAGUCCUGUGCGGAACGUGAGUGACUGAGCGGCAAAGCCCGAAUGGUCUCUAGCGACCGGCCCGUGUCACUGGAGGACGAGGUCUCCCAUAGUAUGAAGGAAAUGAUUGGAGGCUGUUGCGUUUGCUCAGACGAGAGAGGCUGGGCCGAGAACCCUCUGGUUUAUUGCGACGGGCACGGCUGCAGCGUCGCGGUGCAUCAAGCUUGCUAUGGCAUUGUUCAAGUACCUACUGGACCAUGGUUUUGUAGGAAAUGUGAAUCUCAGGAGAGAGCAGCCAGAGUGAGAUGUGAGCUGUGUCCCCAUAAAGAUGGAGCUUUAAAAAGAACAGAUAAUGGGGGUUGGGCUCAUGUGGUUUGUGCCCUCUAUAUUCCAGAGGUACAAUUUGCCAAUGUUUCUACAAUGGAGCCAAUCGUUUUACAGUCUGUCCCACAUGAUCGUUAUAAUAAGACUUGCUAUAUAUGUGAUGAACAAGGAAGAGAAAGCAAAGCAGCCACUGGUGCUUGCAUGACAUGUAAUAAACAUGGAUGUCGACAGGCUUUCCAUGUAACAUGUGCUCAGUUUGCCGGGCUGCUUUGUGAAGAAGAAGGGAAUGGUGCAGACAAUGUCCAGUACUGUGGUUACUGUAAAUACCACUUUAGUAAGCUGAAAAAGAGCAAACGGGGAUCUAAUAGGUCAUAUGAUCAAAGUUUAAGUGAUUCUUCCUCUCACUCUCAGGAUAAACAUCAUGAGAAAGAGAAAAAAAAAUAUAAAGAAAAGGACAAACACAAACAAAAACACAAGAAGCAACCAGAACCAUCACCUGCCUUGGUUCCUUCUUUGACGGUUACUACAGAAAAAACUUAUACAAGCACUAGCAACAACUCUAUAUCUGGAUCAUUGAAGCGCUUGGAAGACACUGCAGCAAGAUUUACAAAUGCAAAUUUCCAGGAAGUCUCUACCCAUACCUCUAGUGGAAAAGAUGUUUCAGAGGCUAGAGGGUCAGAGGGUAAAGGGAAGAAAUCUUCAGCUCACAGCUCAGGUCAAAGGGGAAGGAAGCCUGGUGGUGGAAGAAAUCCAGGAACAACUGUAUCAGCAUCUAGCCCCUUUCCACAAGGCAGUUUUUCUGGAACUCCAGGCAGUGUAAAGUCAUCUUCUGGAAGUUCAGUGCAGUCUCCCCAGGACUUCUUAAGCUUCACAGACUCAGAUUUACGAAAUGACAGUUACACUCACACCCAGCAGUCAUCAUCAACCAAAGAUGGACAUAAAGGAGAGUCUGGGAGCCAGGAAGCGGGAGCAAACAGCUUCAGCUCUUUAGUUGGUCACCCUGUGACCUCAACUGUUAUUUCACAGCCUAAAAGCUUUGACAAUUCACCUGGAGAGUUGGGCAGUUCCAGCCUCCCUACAGCAGGAUAUAAGCGGGCUCAGACUUCUGGUAUAGAAGAAGAAGCUGUAAAGGAAAAGAAACGGAAAGGAAAUAAACAAAGCAAGCAUGGCCCUGGCCGACCCAAAGGAAACAAAAAUCAAGAAAAUGUUUCUCACCUCUCAGUUUCUUCUGCUUCACCAACAUCAUCCGUAGCAUCGGCUGCAGGAAGUGUGACAAGCUCUAGUCUUCAGAAAUCUCCUACGCUGCUCAGGAACGGAAGUUUGCAGAGUCUCAGUGUAGGCUCAUCUCCAGUUGGUUCAGAAAUUUCCAUGCAGUAUCGACAUGAUGGAGCUUGUCCAACAACUACCUUCUCAGAGUUGCUGAAUGCAAUACACAAUGGUAUUUAUAACAGCAAUGAUGUAGCCGUAUCCUUCCCAAACGUGGUGUCUGGCUCAGGAUCUAGUACUCCUGUCUCUAGCUCUCAUAUACCUCAGCAGUCAUCUGGGCAUUUGCAACAGGUGGGAGCUCUCUCCCCCUCAGCUGCGUCGUCUGUAACCCCUGCUGCUGCUACAACUCAGGCAAAUCCCGUUUCUGGAUCCUCUCUUAGUCAGGCACCAGCCCAUAUGUAUGGCAGUAGAUUAAAUCAAAAUCCAUCCAUGGCAGUUCUUAUAGCUCAGUCUGAAAGCAGCCAAACAGAACAAGAUCUUGGAGACAAUGCCCGAAGCCUGGUUGGUCGAGGAAGCUCACCCCGAGGAAGCCUCUCUCCAAGAUCCCCUGUGAGCAACUUACAGAUUCGAUAUGAUCAACCAAGCAAUAGUAGUUUGGAAAAUCUGCCUCCAGUAGCAGCAAGUAUUGAACAACUCUUGGAGAGGCAGUGGAGUGAAGGACAGCAGUUUUUAUUAGAACAGGGUACUCCUAGUGACAUUUUAGGAAUGUUAAAGUCAUUACAUCAACUUCAAGUUGAAAAUCGAAGAUUAGAAGAACAGAUUAAAAAUUUGACUGCCAAAAAAGAACGUCUUCAGUUGUUGAACGCGCACCUUUCAGUGCCUUUCCCAGCGAUAACAACAAACCCCAGUCCGUGUCAUCAGACCCACACGUACACAGCACAGACCGCUCCUACUACUGAUUCAUUGAACAGCAGUAAGAGCCCACAUAUAGGAAGUAGCUUUUUACCUGACAACUCUCUUCCUGUAUUAAAUCAGGACUUGACCUCCAGUGGACAAAGCACCAGCAGUUCUUCUGCCCUUUCUACUCCCCCUCCUGCUGGGCAGAGUCCUGCUCAGCAAGGCUCUGGAGUCAGUGGGGUUCAGCAAGUCAAUGGCGUGACAGUGGGGGCGCUAGCUAGUGGAAUGCAGACUGUCACGUCCACCAUUCCUGCUGUGUCCGCAGUGGGUGGGAUAAUUGGAGCUUUGCCAGGUAACCAACUGGCAAUUAACGGCAUUGUAGGAGCUUUAAACGGUGUUAUUCAGACUCCAGUCACAAUCUCCCAGAACCCUGCCCCCCUCACCCACACCAGUGUACCACCUAAUGCAGCACACCCCAUGCCGGCAGCCGCACUGACUAACAGUGCCUCGGGACUAGGACUGCUGUCGGACCAGCAGAGGCAGAUGUUCAUCCAGCAGCAGCAAUUCCAGCAGCUGCUGAACUCCCAGCAACUCACACCCGAACAGCAUCAAGCCUUCCUGUACCAGCUGAUGCAGCAGCAGCAGCACCACCCACCCGAGCUCCAGCAGCUGCAGCUCCCAGGGCCCACGCAGAUCCCCAUCAACAACCUCCUUGCAGGUACUCAGGCGCCCCCACUUCACACGGCUACCACCAACCCUUUCCUCACCAUCCAUGGAGACAGCACAAGCCAGAAAGUCACAAGACUUAGUGAUAAAACUGGGCCUGUAACUCAAGAGAAAAGUUGACACUUGAAAAUUGCCAGAACUCGGCUCUCCUGCUGCUUUGUGCUUCACUGGCUGCUGCAGUGUCUGCCAUAGCUAUGAAGAAGGGCGGUGGGAACGCACAGGGGAAGAUGCCACACAUACCCUUGUGAGGCUCUGAGUAAUUUUCUUGUUGCUUUGUUGCACUGAAAUGGAAUUCCUAUAUCCCCACCCCCUACCAAAGUGUUUGAACUUUGGAAGAAAAAUUAAUAACUUUUUGUCAAUGAAAUAAUUCACAUGCAAUGAGUUUAUUAAUCCAAGAAAAAAAUGUAAUGUGCUUGGUGCACAGCUAGUUUUGUUAUAAAUUGGAGACAUAUAAAACUAAAGACUAUUCUAUUUGCAAACCACUUGGUUAUAUCAUAAAAGUUGGAAUAGGAAAUAUCUUAUUGGGAUAGAGUGUGCUUGUUCCAUGGGGCAGAUCUUAAGUUUUGAGAACUGUCUGAUUUCUUCUCUUGGAGUUAUAUUCAUUAAAUAUUGUGAUUACACAGAUCCUCAACUGGGGCUUUGCAAAUGUUGUUUUAAAGAAUUCCUUUCUAAUGACAUUUGUCCAUUUGGAGAUCAGAUUAGGAUGGAGACAACUGCUUCUGCUAACAGUAAUUUUCUUUUGCAAAAAAAAAAAUUUUUUUUUUGUGUGUGUGUGUGUGUUAAAACCUACUGAGAUCUCGAGUUAAGUGAGUUCUAAGGCUGCUGGGAGAACCAGAUCAAUUGGAAGUGAAUAGUUUCUUUCAGAAAGAGAUACCAAUGUGGAAACUGCUGGAAGGUUCUGGCAUCAACCAAGUGCCUGUUGGGACCUCCCUGGGUAGAAAGGGCUUUGUACAGCAGGGUAGGCCACUUGUGCCAGCAGCCUUCCCCAUGCAUGCUUCUGCCUCUGUUGAACUUUUCUGUACCACCAUAGAGCGCUCAGGCAAACUGUCCACAAGGAAACAAGUAGAUCUGGGAAGAGCAUAGAUGCUUGUUUAUUUCACCAGUCUCUCAAAACCACCCACUGGAACAAUCACAGGAGCCAGCACAGUUCUUAAAACCUGUCCCACAGCCUUUCGACUUUGAGUAGCUAUGCUCUUGACUGUGACAAUAUGGCAGACUAGUAGGUUAAACAGUUGGGGACAGAAUCAUCGGUCUGUUUCUGAAACGCAUGAAUUGAAUUACUAGUGGAAAAGGCCCAGCUGCAGUUGGCCCUCCACUGUGUGCUUAGCUGGAAGAACGCGCUAGCUUAGCAGUCUGUCUCCUGUGACGCUGCACACUUCUUACCUCACUUCUGUAAAUAAGGUUGUGAAUCUGUUUUGUAAUGUGAAAAAUUCAUAAGAUAACAUUGAUAUUUUGAUUUGUAAUAUUUCUAAUUGGUAGAUUUAAUUGAAAAGUAAAAUUAAUUUAUUUUUAUAUGUUCAGGGGAAUUUUAAAGAAAGUCAAGCCUUUUGUAGAUAAUUUAAAAGAAUCAGUGUGGUUUAUUUUACGUAUGUAACCCACUGGUUGUUAUUCUGUAACAAUUUGUAUAAAUGGUAAAUUUUUGAAUGUGCUGUUAUUUUACUUAGAUGUAAAAUUCCACAUGUAUUAAAAUGUACAAAGUUUUUGUUAAUAAAAUUUAAUGAUGUUUAUAGCCCCAUGCCCUUCUUUUUCGGAGCGGCGGCUGUCCUGAA